GGAGGGGGGAGGUGGAAGGAGGGGGGUCCGUUCUCUUCUCCGGUCUCUCUUUGGUGCGCGCACUGACGAAGAGGCUGUCGGGAACUCAACAAAGCGCCGGCUGGCCGCGAGACGUCCGUGCCAAGCAGCAGCAUCGCGAGGAGGAGGAGGAGGAGGAGGUGGUUGGUGAGAUCGUCUGACAAAAGAAAGAUGCGCGCGUUUAACGGGACCGUUUAGCAGCAUCAGUGCGGCCGCCACGUCCGUGUAGCAGAGUAUAGUCUGCGCGUCCGGUUUUUAGGCAGAGCAUUUUACCGACUACCGUGGCAGGUGCACACACACGGGGCGGAUAGUGUCGGUUUCCGGAGAAUAAACAGUAAUUGACGGACAAAAAACAGGCCGGUGUGUGUGUGUGUCAGCGAAAACUGCAGCAGAAACAACAACGGCGGUGCGAAGCAGUCGGAGACGACCGUCUGCUCGGUUAAGUGUUUACGUGGAGACGAGAGCGAGAGACCUACACGCAGAGCAGCUGCUCGCGCUACCGUACGACAGAGCAUCGGUUGUCGCGAGCCGCCGGCGACUUUGACAGCGGAUAGCCAGAAACGGAUGCAGGAUGGACGAGUUUGAGACCAUUGAGGACGAGCCAUGGUACGAUCAACGAGACCUCGAGCAAGACCUCCACCUGGCGGCUGAGUUGGGGAAGACUCUUCUGGAGAGGAACAAGGAGCUGGAGGACGCACUACAGCAGAUGUACAUCAACAAUGAGGAGCAGGUGCACGAGAUCGAGUACCUCUCCAAACAGGUGGAGAUGUUGCGUGAGAUGAACGAGCAGCAUGCCAAGGUGUACGAGCAGCUGGACGUCACGGCCAGAGAGCUGGAGAUCACCAACGAAAAACUGCUGCUGGAGAGCAAAGCCUCACACCAGAAGAUCGACCGUCUGACGGGCACCAUGGAGACGCUGCAGACCCAGGUGGACUCUCUGACGGGGCGCAUGGAGGAGCUGCGGUCCCUGGAGGAGUUGAGAGUCAGACGGGAGAAGAAGGAGAGGAGGAAGACGGUGCACUCUUUCCCCUGCCUCAAGGAGCUGUGCACCGCCCCCAGGUAUGAGGACGGGUUCGUGGUGGCGCCGGCCGGAAGUGUGGAUCUGGUGUCGGAGCGCCGUCCCCUGGACCAGGAGAACGAGCGGCUCCGUGGCACGGUGACCUCGCUGCGGGCGGUGCUGGGGACGGAGCGCGGGCGGCGGGAGGAUUCGGAGCGGGAGUGUGCCACCGUGCUGCAGGAGUUCCAGCGGCUGGAACAGCGCCUCCUAGGGGCCGAGGGCUGUGCCGUACGCGUGCAGGAGUUGGAGGCGGAGCUCCAGGAGAUGCAGCAGCUGCGUAAGUCCCGCCUCUGCCUGCUGGGCCUAUCAGGGAGCAGCAUGGAGGAGGAGCCUCUGGAGCACACGCUGAUGAACUCCGCCCCCGAGACGGACACGCCCGACGACGCCAUCGCCACGGCGGCGGCGGCGGGGUCAGGGGGCGAGGGGGGGGCGGACCCCGCGGGGGGGGGAAGCGGCGGCAGCGGUGGCGUCGGCGGUGGGGGCGGAGUCCCGGUGCGUAAGAGCUGCAGCGACACGGCGCUGAACGCCAUCUCGGCGCGGGACGCGUGCGGGCGGCGCCAGGGCAGCUACGCCCUCCACGCCAACGGCGUGCGCAAGCGGGGCAUGUCCAUCCUGCGGGAGGUGGACGAGCAGUACCACGCCCUGCUGGAGAAGUACGAGGAGCUGCUGGGCAAGUGCCGGCGUCACGAGGAGAGCCUCCGCCACGCCGAGGUGCAGACCUCGCGCCCCGUCUCGCGGGCCCUCCAUGCGCGAGUGCUGCCCCCCUCCUCCUCCUCCGAGCCGUCCCCCUCCCCCGCCGCCGCCCCCCAGAACACGCCGGAGUACAAGACCCUCUUCAAGGAGAUCUUCUCCCGCCUGCAGAAGACCAAGGGGGACCUCAACGCCACCGGCGCCAAGGGACGCAAGGGCCACAAGUGACCACACACACACACACACACACACACACAUACACACACACACACACACACACACAUAC